AUGGAGUUAGAAUAUUUACAAGAGUUAAAUGAGCAGCAAAAACAAGCUGUUUAUGAAAAACACCAUCGAGUUUGUGUCAUUGCUGGUCCGGGUUGUGGCAAAACCAAAACUUUGUGUGGACUAGUAAAAGUGCCAACUUUUAAUCCUGAAUUUUGGAGAAUAGAGGAUAAAAAUGCUGCGGUUGAACCUUUGCCAUUAGUUCCGACAGUUGAUUUCUGGUGUCCUGGAAAGGAAUCGAACCUUCGACCUACCGGUUAA